GAAAGAGUCUUCCUACCCGUCCGCUCAUCCGCAUGUAUUUAAAUCAUUUCGCCGCUAUUGAAAAAUAUAUACUGCUACCUCUUCUGAUUAGAUUCAUCAAAAUAUUUCCAGGUCUACUGGAGGCAUGUGUACUAAAUUUUGAACGUAAUUGAUUAUUCCUCAGUCGGUAGAGUCCGUCUGCAACAUUCUUAUUGCGAUUAUUAAUUAUACCAUCAGCUGAACGAUGUUUCUUCUAAGAAAAUUUUGUUGUUUGCUUAAGUUGCGGACGGGCUGUUAUCUAAUUGCUGUCGUCGAUUUGAUCAUUAAUUUGAAUAUUAUAAUAUUCAGCAGAGGAAAAAUAUUCACACAAGUUGAGCGCGGUAUGGCCAUUUGUCAUUGCAUUGGAUGUAUCAUGCUGAUCAUCGGAGCUAUUGUUGUAAGUUUGCAUCCGGUUUCACCCGUCGACUUUUAUCAAUUCGUUCAGAUAGCAAUCAACGGUACUGCUGACAUUCUUUCUAAUCACAUGUCUGGUCAAUUCGUGCAUCUGUGUCAUAAUGAUCAUAAUGUUAUCGAUUCAUUUCCAUGUCCGCAACAUAAUUAUAAUUGUUGCGAGCACCAUUACAAUAUUUUGGAACAUUUAUUGCUGGAUCCUUGUUUUCUCAUACUAUCGGAAGAUAAGCACGACAAAUUCAGGGGAUGCGUAAAGAUGCUAUAAGAUCAACAAUCUUUUUUCUAGUUCGACAGUAAUAUGCGUGGAAGUAAAAGAAGGAUUGUGGAUCUUAUGGUGAAGUUUCGUAUACUCGUAUAUUGACGAAAAUUUUAAGCUAAAUAAAUUGCUUGUUACAAUAAGAGGUCAUGUGUAUGAAAAUAAAAUAAACUACUACUAAA